GAGCCAUCGUUGUGACUGCUUUUAAAUGAUGCAAGGAACAGACAUUACCGCCGUUUGCUUGCCUUUGUGGUAGGCAGGUACACGUUUUGUUGUAGAACCCAAGCUGGAAUUGAUUUGGUAGAAAGAGGAAAAAUGAAUGAUACCAUAGACAAAUUAGACGUUUAUUUCUUGUCCGUUUCAAUCAUUUUAAUGUGUAUUGGUAUUAUCUCAAAUAGUUUAAUCAUAUUAACAAUUUUGAUGACGAAAGCGCUUCGAAAUUCAAGAAACAUCAUUACAGUCAGUUUAAUGAUUUACAAUAACGUAAUAUUGGUAUUCGGGCCGAUAGAUCCCGGACAUGAGAAUACAUAUUCUUUAUUGUCAGUGGGAGUGAAAUCGACCCUUUUGGGUUCAAUUGGUAUUAGGGUAAUAAUGGCAGUGGAGCGGCUGCUGACUGUAAUAGGACGCGGUCAUUUUUUGACAACGUUCAGACGAACGCUUCUUGUAAUAGUUGUUUCCAUUGUGUCCGUAAUAAUUACUGUUAGCGCCAAGCUCACAGGUGACAAUCAGAAAGAUAGGAAAGCAGUUUAUAUCUUGGUAAUCCUGUCAGGAGGACAUUUGUGUAUCAGUACAAUGUAUGUGAUGCUAUUCAACUUCGUUUAUCAGAAACAGAAAGUACUGUUUGAUUCGCGAGUGCUUUCUGACCUUUAUAGAGCGCGAAAACUUGCAGUUACGUGCUGCAUUCUUGUAGCGUGUUUUUCUAUAUGCUGGAUUCCUUACCUGAUAAACGCAAUCUUGAUAUUGACAGUCCGUGACAAACUGUAUUUGUACAGCUGGUAUGCAUAUUUUUUAGAUUUUUGUCGCCUUUUUACUCUCGUUGGUGCGUGUUGUGAUCCGUAUAUAUAUUGGCUUAGAGUACAGGAGUUCAAAGUAAGUACAAGGAAACUGGUUUUGAAAAUAUGGGAGUGCAACAAGAACUCGGCGGUAAGUGUUGGAUAGUUCGACUGGACAUCUUGAUACAAAAAUGAAUGCCGUUGAUGAACUAAUUUAUGUGGUGUAAUGCUUAAAAAACUGUCAGGCAUCGGCAUUGGCCAAAUCCUGUUCACAAUUCCUUCGGAAUUGUCGGCGUUAAAAACGUAUUUGUUGGUGCCCUUGAUAAACCUCAGAUGUGGUCGACGAGGAAGUAAACGUGUAUCAUUAUGUAGCACCAUACAACACAGGAGGUCAAUACAUAUAGACGUGUCUCCCUCUCCCUGCCUUGCUGAUCACUGUCCAAGGAUCUGUGUGACAUCUGCCAAACAAAACACUGACUAUACUAUAAAAGGAAGCAUCAAGAAUGGCAAAAAUAUAUUGGUUUCUUUUGCACACUUUAAAUCAUCAUCAACAGGUGAAAUCAAUCCUAACCAGCAACCAUCACUCGGCGGUACAUACACAGGUGUUGAUGGAGCAGGACUUCUUUGGAGCCUACAAUUUCAAGAAAAACAAGAAUAUACAAUACUCUCUGUCAAAGGUAUGGAUGUCCUCAAACCUCUGCAGAUGCAAUUUAGUGUUCAUCAAGGUGCAUUGACUGCUCAGGAACUGGAGAGCUCAUUUGCCAUUGCAGAGUGCCAGUUAGAGAGAACGUUUUUGUCAAAGGAUGUAAAGUUCCAAGAGGUUUCAGAAGGAAGUCUUCGUGGUAUCAUUUUUAAGCCACCUGGCAGAGGACCAUUUCCAGGCGUGAUUGACAUGUAUGGCAUAGGGGGUGGACUGAAAGCAGUAAGGGCUGCCCUCCUGGCUUCAUGUGGAUUUGUUACUUAUGCAUUACCUUAUUUCGCUUACCAAGAUCUCGUUAAAACGGUGCCUGGAGUCGACUUGGAAUAUUUUAAGGAAGCCUUAAUUUGGUUCUCUUCUCAAGAGUGUGUUGACCCAUCUCGUGUUGGAUUCGUCGCAACAUCAAUGGGGGCUAUAAUUUGUAUGAUUAUUUCCUCCAUGAUGGCCGAUAAGGUACGAGCUAUAGUUUGCUACGGCGCACCUCAUCACCAUGUUAUGGUGCCACUUAAGUACCGGACACUCUAUUUACCUUUUGUAGAGUACUCAAGCGAUCUCAUGGAAGUUAACAAAGAAGGAGAAAUCAAUCUUUUAAAGUCCAUCACAAGUAAUUUAAACAACGCAACUGAAAAAACAGCUAUUAAGAUUGAAAAAUCCAGAGCCGAUUUUCUUUUCAUUGCCGGAGAAGACGAUCAGAUUGUGAACAGUGCAGACUGCGCAUCAAAACUGACUGAAAGAUUAAGUCGCAAUGGUCACCAUAAUCAUACGGUCUUGACAUAUCCUGGUACUGGACAUCUAAUUGAUCCUGGGUUAUUACCAGUCUCCAACAAGACUAGACACCCAUUUUGUGAUGAUUUACUCAUUAUCAAUGGAGGAAAUUUGUACGACCAAGCAAAGGCGCAACGGCACUCUUGGGUUAGAGUUAAAGAUUUUAUGAAGGACAAGUUAGCUUACGCUCUGACAUCACCGUUACAAAAAAAAGUCCUAUAGUAUCUGACUGUCAGGACUGGAUGGCACCCAAAAUAGAUAAAAGAGACAUGGUGGUAAAAUUAGGAUGAAUUAAUAAAAUGUGACCUAGUUAAUAAAUACAACACCAAGCACCGUCGAAACCGCACCGGCUAUAAUGGUUGGACCACAUUUUCUCGUACUUAAUUUUAAACAACACUUAUAGUCGGCCACAUUAUCAUCACCACAAGGUAUACGAGUAAAGCCGGCUCAUUACUUGCAGCAAUAACAAUUUAAACUCUUAAGUGAAUGACAGUCAACUUGUUUAAAGUAUGAAUUUUCUAUUUUCCGGGCAUCUAGAGGAGCCAUUUUUUUUCUUCACAAAUUGCUCCCCUAAGCGCAAACCAUGGUGGAGCUUUGGUUGGUGCUGGUUGUAUUCUCCUAACUUUAAAUCUGAUGUAUAAAAAAGUAUAAAAAAAAGCACAGUAAUAUUAAAUCUUGCUAUAUGAGUAAGCCUACAGUAUAGUACCUUGAUAUGCCAUGUCUUGUAGCAAUGGUUGAUUCUUCGUGGACAUAACAGAAAAAAAUGUGUGGAACUGUCCAAGAGGAAGAAUAAAAAAAUUAAAAAGAUUAAAAAUUAA